AUUUAGAGAUGGUCCCUAAAUUAAACAGUGAGUCAUCUGACUGAACAGCAACAGUGAUUCAUUUGAGCUUGAAGCGACAAUCUGAUCGAUCAUGACGACCCACGAGUUUUUUGUUGACAUGACGUGUGAAGGAUGCUCUGGAGCGGUCACUCGAGUGCUUACAAAACUGGAUGUCAAGUUUGACAUUGAUCUGCCCAACAAGAAGGUCUUCAUCGAGUCGGACAAAGACACGGAUGUCCUUCUGGAAACACUGAAAAAGACUGGCAAAACUGUGACCUACAUCGGUCCGAAAUAAAAUAUUCUACAUUACAAACUCUAAGGUUUGAAAAUGAUGAUGUGGGACUCCCUCAUUGGACCGUACAUCACACAUCAAACAAAUUAUUACAUAUCUUCGGGACCACUGAAGGAAAUCUGUUCAGCGGGGCCUCCUGAAGAGCAGCUAGCAGGCUGAUUUAUAUCAUCUGUAUUAUGAGAAUGUUGAAAUCUAACCGUUUACAAUGUGGUUGUUUUCCUGCCACACAUACUUGUAAUUGUAUAAGUGUCUAGAACUUCAAAUAAAGGUUCCUGUAUUCACUGA